AUGAAGUUUCCUUUUUCUCAUGAUUCAAAUGUUUAUGAUGCUACCACUAAGCACAACAACUAUAUUCAAUUUGAUCCUCAAAGGUUCAAGCUCAAUCACCUUAUCAAAUCACAGAAUGAGAGAUUGAAAAGACAGGUGCAAGAGUAUAGAAGACAACAAAUGAUGACAUUAUUGAAGUUUUCUUAUAUGCUUUCACAAAAGGAUGAACAAAUAGCAGAAGUGGGAAACAUAAACUUGAAGUUGGAAGAAUAUUUAAUGAAAUUAGAGAAUGAUAAUCAAUUAUGGCGGAAAAUUGCUCAUGAGAAUGAAUGUAUGGUUUUGUCUCUCAAUAAUGAGUUAGAACAUAUGAAAAGAAAAACAUGUUAUUAUCCUGAAGAUAUAGAGUGUUAUUAUCCUGAAGAUAUAGAGUCAUGUUGUGACAUGAAAGUGGUUGAAGAAGAAACAGGUGAGAAUAAUAUAGUGAGUGACAUGAUUUGCAAAGCAUGUGAGGAUUCUCUUGGAGCAUGUCCAGUGUGUUUAAUGGAGAAGAAAACAAGUAUAGAGACAAUGGCGGAACUUAAUGAGAGACCAAAGGGACCACUACAGCCUCAAUUUUUUUUGACUAAUAAACUUUGA